CUUUAGACAAUUCUGUCAAAUUAAGAAGCAGAAGAGCCAUCGAUGGCGGCGUUUUGGCGCGCCGGUCAGAGCUCCGCCGUCGGGUUCCGAUUUCAAUUGCAGCUCUCGGAUUGGCAGUUCAGCUUUCUUCUCUGAACUUCUGAGUCUCAGCUCUCUCAGGGAGGCAGGAAUUGUUUGAAGUUUUGUGCUCAUGACUUUGAACAGAUUGACAGAACUUUCUCCAUUAGAAAAUGAAAUGUGCCUUAUGUGAGAUUGAAGUUUUCUUUCCUAUACAUGUUGUAUUUUUGUUUUUAUAUAUAUCAAACUGGGAAGAUUGCAUUACUUAAAACAGCAACUAAGCAAGAGGGUGAGAGGUAGCCUCAUUAAAAACUACAAUUUGAGAGAAAAAAAAAAUAGUGCCACUCUUAAUUGGUUGACAAUCACAAUUAAAUAUAUCAUGGUUGAUUAGAAAAUUUAAAACUUUCAAAAUCAAUAGCUAUUAUGCUCUGUUAACAGAGCUUUGCUUCUGAGUUUCAUCCAAAACCCAGUACCUUAAUGCUAUUAGUUUUAAGGACACAAAUUUGGAUGCCAAUGGGUGUUGGAACCAAAAGUGUUAAUGUUUUAGAUUCCACCACAUUUUUCCUGUUCAUCUUCAGCUUGCUUCCCUCACAGUAUUGGGCUGAAGUUUCUGAUAUAAGUUCUUCACAGCCAUUGGCACAGGGAGAAAAUCUAGUUUCUCCUAGCCAAGUUUUCGAAUUGGGAUUCUUUAGUCUUAACAAUUCUGCUAAUAAGUAUGUGGGGUUGUGGCACAAAAGUAUAUUUCCUCGUAAAGUUUUAUGGGUGGCUAACAGAGAAAGUCCCCUUGCAGUUAGUGAUACCUUGGCUAGUUUGAGAAUUGGAAGCAAUGGGAAUCUGGAGCUCAUAGAUGGGGAGCAGAAUUCUGUCUGGUCAACCAAUAUAUCAGCGUCAUCUAAUAGUUCAUCUGCAGUUAUUUUAGACACUGGAAACUUUGUUCUCAGAGAUGAUGCCGGAGUUGAUUUGUGGGAGAGUUUUAAUUUCCCUUGUGACACACUCCUACCAAGCCAGCUGCUAGGAUAUGAUAGUAAAUCUGGAAAGAGGCAGUUCUUGACUUCUUGGAAAAGUGAGAGUGAUCCAUCAACUGGGAAAUAUUUGGUUGGACUCUCUCCUCAGACGCCAUCACAAGUGUUCAUUUGGAUUAAUGGAUCAACUCCCCAUUGGAGAAGUGGGCCAUGGGAUAAAUCAAAGUUCAUUGGUGUACCAAGUAUGGAUGAUCGAUAUCGAAGUGGAUUUAGUCUAGAUGAUAAUGUGAUAAAGGGGUCCAAGCAUUUCUCUUAUAGUUUUUUUGACUAUACUAUAUCAUAUUUUAGCAUCUCUUCGGAAGGAAUAGCAGAUCUUAUGCUUUCAGAAAGUGGCAAGAACUGGUUUCUUAAUUGGGAGACACCAUAUAAUCCAUGUGACAAUUAUGGAGCUUGUGGACCUUUUGGGGUUUGCAAAGCUUCUGAGUCUCAUAUCUGCAAGUGUUUGAAGGGUUAUGUACCAAAGUCAGAUGAUGAAUGGAGCAACGGAAACUGGACAGGAGGAUGUGUAAGGCAAACCAAAUUGUUUUGUGAUAGUGAUACAAGCAAGUCGGUCUCAACGAGAACAAAAGAAAAUGAUGAUGGGUUUUGGAAGAUUAUAAGAUUAAAAGUACCAGAUUCUCAUGAAUUAGUUCUUACACCUUUGGAUGCUGAAAACACACCUGAUGACUGCAAGAUAAGGUGCCUGAAUAAUUGUUCUUGCCUCGCUUAUGCAUUUGUUAAUAAAAUUGGGUGUUUGGUCUGGUCGAAAGACCUUAUUGAUAUACAACAGUUUUCCUCUGGUGGAGACGAUCUUUAUGUUCGCCUAGCACACGCAGAACUAGGUGAAGGAAAGCCAAUAAAGUUAACUGCCAGCCUUAUAGCUGUUUGUUCUGUCAGUAUCUUGGUUGCCAUAGUGUUUGGUUGGCACAGGUUGCGGGCUAACCGAAAGAGUAAGAGAAUCAGAUUUACAGAAUCAGGGCACAUUAAAACAACACAACAGCAUUUUGGGUCGACUAAUACAUUUCAGUCUUCAAGAGACGCUCUUCGGGAAUAUAUAGGGAAGCAUGAUCUGUCAGAGCUAUUGAUAUAUGAUUUUGAUACCAUAUUAAUAGCUACGAAAAAUUUCAGCAUCAUAAACAAACUAGGGCAGGGUGGCUUUGGUCCAGUUUAUAAGGGUAUGCUAGAAGAAGGCAAGGAAAUAGCAGUGAAAAGACUAUCUAGUAGCUCAGGACAAGGCAUUGACGAGUUCAAGAAUGAGAUGUUGUUGAUCUCCAAUCUUCAACACAAAAAUCUUGUUAGGAUCAUGGGUUGCUGCAUUAAAGAAGAUGAAAAGUUGCUAAUUUAUGAGUUCAUGCCUAACAAAAGCCUGGAUACUUUUCUGUUCGAUCCAACGAGAAGAGCAGUGCUUGAUUGGGAUAGGCGCUUUAAUAUUAUUCAGGGGGUUGCUAGGGGGCUACUAUAUCUUCAUCAUGAUUCCUAUUUGAAGGUAAUACAUAGAGAUCUGAAAGUAAGCAACAUUCUCUUGGAUGAGAAAAUGAACCCGAAAAUUUCAGAUUUUGGAUUGGCACGCAUAGUUGAAGGAACGCUGAAUCUAGAAAGUACUCUGAAGGUUGUGGGAACACGUGGCUAUAUGUCUCCCGAGUAUGCCAUGGCCGGGAUAUUUUCCGAAAAAUCUGAUGUCUACAGUUUUGGGGUCUUGAUAUUGGAGAUUAUUAGCAGCAAGAAGAAUACCAGCUUCUGUUUAUAUGACCAACAGCUAGGCUUUCUAGCCUAUGCAUGGAACUUGUGGAAUGAAGGCAGGGGACUGGAGCUAGUAGAUGAAGUAUUGGGUGAUUCAUAUUCCUCAUCACAAGUAAUGAAAUGUGUGCAUAUUGGGCUUCUUUGUGUACAGGACAGUGCUGCUGAUAGGCCUACUAUGGGGGAUAUAGUUUUGAUGCUAAGUAGUGACACAGAUUGUCCAAAACCUAAGCUGCCUGUAUUCACUAUCCAGAACACUUUCUCUCAUCCUCAACCUCAACUUCAAUAUGAAAAAACUUUCUGUACAAAUGAAGCUACCAUUACAGUGAUUGAAGGACGAUAAGUGCUUGCAAACUAUUGCAUCAGAAUGUAUAUCACAGCUUGCUUUGUAAUAAUAAUAAUGAUUUUGUAUUUUAUCAGUUAAUGACUUUAUGUGGGUCAACAACCACAUACAUGACUAGUGUGUGUGUGUGUGUGUGUGUUUUUUUUUUCUCACUUUUUUGCUUUGAAUAUUUGACUGUAGUCUAUAGGCUUAUGUAGUGUGAAUCUGUUGAUGCCAGUUGACUAUCUAUAUAUUCU